AUGGCUGGAACGAAGACUGUGAUGGUCACAAAUAUUGCUGCCAAUGGCAUCAUGUUGCACAGCAAAUUGAAUUUGAAACAUUGCCAAGGUGGUAGUCUCAGGCAUUCCAUUCAAGAACAUAGAUUUGGAUCUAUAGUGAAACUCAGAGUGAGGAAGAAGGGGAAGCAAAGUUCAGCAACAAUGGUAGCUAUCAACGAGGGUGAUGUCAUCUCUGAGAACUCCACUACCCUCAAGCUCUCUGCUCUGGUGACUGUCAGAAAAAGUAAUACUAAUAAUAAGGAUAGCGAGGAAGGAGAGGGGAAAAUGGCUGGAACGAAGACUGUGAUGGUCACAAAUAUUGCUGCCAAUGGCAUCAUGUUGCACAGCAAAUUGAAUUUGAAACAUUGCCAAGUUGGUAGUCUCAGGCAUUCCAUUCAAGAACAUAGAUUUGGAUCUAUAGUGAAACUCAGAGUGAGGAAGAAGGGGAAGCAAAGUUCAGCAAGAAUGGUAGCUAUCAAUGAGGGUGACGUCAUCUCUGAGAACUCCACUACCCUCAAGCUCUCUGCUCUGGUGACUGUCAGAAAAAGUAAUACUAAUAAUAAGGUAUUGGGAAGUGAAAUGGUGAAUAACCUUCUCACCAUUUUCUGGCCUCAGAACUACACCAAAGGUGUUUUUCUUCAACUUGUUAGCACAGAGCUUGAUCCAGGGAGAAUGGAGGCAAAGUUGAGCAAGGAAACUGUUUUGAAGUUGAGUGAAGAUCAUAAGUUUGGAGGUGAUGGAAUAAGCAGAUAUAAAGUGGAAUUCAGUGUGGACUCUGAUUUUGGAACUCCUGGAGCUGUUAGCGUUGUUAAUGGAUAUGAAAAUGAGUUCUUCUUGGAAAGCAUAAGCAUUGCACAAAAUGUUCAUUUUGCUUGCAAAUCUUGGGUUCAACCAAACAAGCUUUGCCCAGACAAGAGAUUUUUCUUUGUCAACAAGGCGUAUCUACCAAGUGAAACACCGAUUGGGGUGAAAGAAUUGAGAGAAAAGGAGACGGUGAAGCUGAGGGGUGACGGGAAGGGUCGCAGGGUGGCUUCUGACAGAAUCUAUGAUUACGAUCUCUACAACGACUUGGGAGAUGGCAAGUCUGAGAGGCCAACACUCGGUGGUCCCCUCAACCCUUAUCCCACACGUUGCCGCACUGGACGCCCACUCACCACCACCGAUUCGAAAGUGGAGUCACGACCAAGUGCAUCAGAGUUAAUAUACGUUCCUAGAGAUGAAGAGUUGAACGACAUAAAGAGAGUCGCUAUUGAGGAAGGAAAGAUGAUGGCAAUUCUUAGGAAUAUUAUGCCUGCGUUAACAGAAAAAAUCAUGGGCAAUCAAACACUUUUCAACAUUGAUUACUUCAUUAAAGAGUCAGGCCAAUCUCUUCUCUUCAAUUUGGGAGGUGCUGCACAAGAUUUUUUCAAAUUCGACCCUCCAAAAGUUUUUUCAGGGGGAAGAUCACAUUUCUUACAAGAUGAUGAACUUGGACGUCAAGUACUUGCUGAAUUCCCUUUAAGUAUUCAAAGGCUGGAGGAUUUUCCACCCGUGAGCAAAUUGGAUCCCUCUAAAUAUGGUUCAGUAGAGUCAGCAUUGAAAGAAGAACACAUUAUAGGGCAUAUUGAAGGGAUGUCUAUUCAACAGGCAUUGGAAGAGAAUAAGUUGUUCAUAGUGGACUAUCACGAUUUUUACCUGCCAUUCCUGGAUCGGAUUAAUGCUCUUGAGGAGCGAAAAGCUUAUGCAACAACCACAAUUUUGUUCCUCACCAAAACGGGAACUCUGAAGCCUAUUGCCAUCCAGCUUGCUCUUCCAACAGGGAAUCCAAAUACAUCAUCCAAACAAGUUCUCACCCCUCCAACAGAUGCCACCUCCAAAUGGCUAUGGCAACUUGGCAAAGCACAUGUUUGCUCCAAUGAUGCUGGCGUUCAUACACUUUUGCACCACUGGUUACGAAUACAUGCUUGCAUGGAACCACUAAUAAUUGCUGCUCAUCGGCAAUUGAGUGUGAUGCAUCCUAUAUUCAAGCUUCUGAAUCCUCAUAUGCGGUACACAAUCAAAACAAAUGCAACAACACGUCAGACACUCAUCAAUGCUGAAGGUACCAUUGAGACAGACCACACUCCAGGGAGAUACUGCAUGCAAAUGACCUCUGCUGCAUAUAAAGAUUGGUGGCGGUUUGACAUGCAAGGUUUUCCUGAUGAUCUCAUAAGAAGAGGUUUAGCAGUUCCAGAUGCAACCCAACCUCACGGCAUUAGACUACUAAUUGAAGACUACCCUUAUGCAGCUGAUGGACUUCUCAUAUGGUCCAGUAUAAAGAAGUUGGUCCGGACGUAUGUGAACCAUUACUACGAAAAUUCCAAUGCCGUUUCUUCUGACAAUGAACUCCAAUCUUGGUACGCGGAAUUCAUCAAUCUCGGACACCCUGAUCAUAGAAAUGCAAGUUGGUGGCCCAAACUUGCAAACCCUGAGGAUCUCACCUCCGUGCUUACAACUGUUAUUUGGCUUGUAUCAGCACAACACGCUGUCUUGAACUUUGGUCAAUACCCCUAUGGUGGGUAUGUUCCAAUCCGUCCACCGUCAAUGCGAAAACUAAUUCCCGAGGAAGAGGAUCCCGAGUACUCAGAUUUUGUCACGGAUCCACAGAGAUACUUCUUAUCUGCACUGCCGAGUUUAUUUCAGGCAUCAAGGUUCAUGGCUGUCAUCAACAUUGGUUCUGCACACUCACCAGACGAAGAAUAUAUAGGAGACAGGAACGAUUUGUCCUCUUGGUUAGAAGAACCAGAGAUCAUUGAUGCAUUCAAUCAAUUUUCAAUAGAGAUGAAAAGUAUUGAGAUUGAGAUCAAGAGACGGAACGCCGAUCCAAAACUUAGAAACAGAUGUGGCGUUGACGUUUUACCAUUUGAACUGCUUAUACCAAGCUCUGAACCUGGGGCAACAGGAAGAGGUGUGCCAAAUAGUGUUACAGCCUAA